AUGUAUGAUUGUGGAACAACAACAGUUAAUGAUUAUACCCUCAUCUAUUCUGGACAUUCAAGUAGUGACAAAACUCGUUCAGCUCAUGGAGUAGCCGUUUGUCUCAACAAGCAAGCAACUACAGCGUGGAAGAACCUUGGUUCAACUUGGGAAGCUGUCAAUGAACGUAUUGUCAUGGUCCGACUGGCAUGCAAACCAAUCAACGUUUCCGUCAUCGCCGUCUAUGCACCUAUCAACCCGAAAAAUCAACAAAUGGCCAGCACAACAUCAGAUCCUUUCUAUGCCGACCUACAAACAACUUUGGAUAAAGUGCCAAAAAGUGAUAUGGUUCUCAUCAUCGGUGAUUUCAACGCACGAAUUAGUGUACAACAGCACACAACCAGUCGAAAUGUAGUUGGUCCUCAUGCGGUGGAUACAAUAAAUGAAAAUGGCGAACGUCUGUUUGACUUCUGUUCCCUGAACAACCUAGUCAUAUCCAACACAUUCUUUCAACAUAAACCUAUUCAUCAAAAAAGUUGGAUGCACCCUGGCAGUAAGACCUGGCACAUGUUGGACUAUGCUCUCGUCAACAAACAAUUUCGUUCGAGUAUCGAAGAUGUGCGAGUCCAUCGUACAGCAGCUGGGGCAAUUGGAACUGAUCAUCAUCUUCUUCGAAUCAAACUCAAAUUCCAUCUAAGAAGUCGAAGAAGAUUGAUCAAAGCUCAACUACACCGCAUCGAUCGAAAGAAACUCAAGAACGAACAAUGCAAGCUAGCCUUUCAAAGACAAUUGAAUGCUCGUCCUCAACAGCAACAAACAUCCUCUGAAACAAUAGACGAUAAGUACAACUCUUUCGUCGACUAUGUACAUCAAGCAAGUGGAGCAGCUUUUCAACAAGAUGGAAAUGGUGGAAAACAAAAAGAAUGGUUAACAGACGAAAUUCUCGACCUUGUUGAUAAAAAGGCAAAAGCCUUUCUCGACUGGCAAAACUUCCGUGGUACUACUCUCGAAUCAAAAUACAAAAAGAGCUAUCACCUACUUCGAAAUCUGGCGAAAAAGAAAAUUGAAGCAAGACAAGUAGAAUACUGGGAUGAACUUAGUAUUGAAGUUGAAAACGCCAUCAAGCAACACGACCCAGCAACA